AUGCCCAGAAACCACGACUCAUCAAAAGCCAAACGGAGCUCCCGACACACCCAGUUCACAAUCAUCAUGCAAACCACCAGCAACAAAAUGGAAAGAAAAUACCCCUUAAUCCAACCAGAAAGCCACAACCCCCGACCACGCCUCCAACUCGUCUUCCCAGAAACCCAAAAACAAGUCUUCACAGCCUACAUCGGCAUCCAACACCACAAACAACCCACCCUUACAAAAGAAGAAACCUUGGAACAACUAUCAGCACCACACUCCGCAAUAAGCAUCUGUCUCACACACCACACCCCAAGCUCAACAGAGCAAUUCCUCCUCCUAGACGAUAUUCUCACCACAACCAGACGAAGACACACAUCAAUAAUCUGGAGCUGCUACUGGACCUCAGAACAAGAAUACAAAACCGCACUCGCAGCACUAGACCUCGUAUCCAUACAUGCAUCGUUGCCGGAUCCAAUAAAACCGCACAUCGGACUCUGGAAGGAAACAUUCGUCUCAGACACCGGCCGUCUCGAGACAGUCUAUUCAAAAUCAGAUUAUUUACCCGGACUUGCACAGUUGCCGGGGACGUGGUUGAAGGAGCAUGUGAAUACGGGGUACUGGGGUGCAGCACGGGAUCGGAUUCCUGAUUCCGCUAAGGAUUUAUUUCAUGAAUGCUCAUCACACGCCCAUGAAUCCUCAUCCAACACCUCCCUGAGCCUCAACCUGCCAGUGGAUAUCGGGCUAGGCGUCUCGAUUACAGCCACGAAUCCGAACAAUAUAGUCCACAUCCGCUCGGGACAAUACUGGGCACUCUGCACACCCGACGAAAAAACAGCGUACACGGGAACCCUCGAGCUGAAACUCAGAACUGGAUUAGAGCAUCUAUGGGGGUCUGAGAGUGGUGCUUGGGGUGUGCGGUACUUGCGGAACAUUACCACUACACCCGCAACUACAUACAGUCAUAUCCUACUAGACCCCAAUCAGCCACUUGAAAUGCAAGAGCUGCAAGAAUCCUGCGUAACAGCAUUCUUCAAAUCCCUCACGCACCUCGAAACCUGGGCGUCGAAACACCCAUCUCAUCUAGCGAUUCACGCCGGGGCCGUGAGGCAUGCGCGGCGAUUCGGGGAUGGGAGGAAGUUUCGGACUUGGCAUGAGGUUUCUGUUUUACGGGCGGGAGAUAUCGGGGUUGAAUACGUCAAUUGUCUUCCUGGAACGGGGGUGGGAAUUAAGGACAUGGUUGGGGUUGAGGUUGGGGAGUUAUAG